ACCUUCUGAUCCCUUUUGUGUGCUUUAGAUUUGUAAAACUGAGGGAAGGUUUCCCUGAGGAGAAACCUUGCUGCAGCUUAGUUCUUGAAUCCUCUCUGCCGCCCACUAUUUCUUAGUCUUUUCCUACUGCUGCCCUGGCAAGAUUUGGCAAAGAACAAGCUGUUGUCUCAGUACUUGUGCCACCACCAGGGAAAAAGGCCUUCCUACAGAAGGAGCAACAUCAUUAGUGCUUGGAGAAGAACCAUUGAUUUGUACCUGAAUUUAAGCAGCUUCAAAUUUCAACAGUGCAGUCUGCUGCCACAUUUUGGUAAUGAAUUCUUGCUGUUUCUCUUUGCCUAACAAGCACUAAAGACAUUGUGUUAGCAUUGAUUUGAGCUUAGUUUGUGACAGCAUUAGAUACUGCCCAUGAACAAGCCAUUGCUCAAGCUGAAACUUCCUUAGAUUCUCUAUUUGUAUGAAGUUCAAAACAUGGUAUCCAUUGGUUGCCACAUCAUUUGCACAGCAUUGGAUACCACCAGAUUUUCUGUAAAGCACAUCCUAUUGAUUUCGAUUGCUCUCACUUCCAAGUACACAUGCUCAGAAUUACAGCCUGAUUUUAAUUCCCCAGUUACGACCAAGUUAUAAUUGCAUGUAUACAGUGAAUUUCUUUCAACUACUAGAGGUUCAGGAAUUGGGUAGCAUAUGGUGGGUGUCAGCUGCUUGAGGGAGUGUGUGUGGGCAGGAGACUUACCACCCUCCCUGCCUGGAUGUCACAGAUAUAAUAUAGAAGGCUUUUUAUAACACCUUUCGGACUAACAAAUCUUAAAGGGCCUCUUUUGCCCCUCGGCCCCGGUACAAGCACCUAAAGCAAUGACAUUUAGUGUUCUAAUUUCCUGAUACAAACACCAUGUUUCUUUGACGCUAACUAUGCCAGUGAUCAAUCUGAAUCAGCGACUGAGAAGUUUUUGCAAAGGAUGAAAAAUAAACGGAGACAGAGGGAGCAAUAAGGAAAGCUAAAUCGCACUACACAGCCGUCUGCUCUAAAGAGGAGCGCCUCCUUCCAACAGGAAGUACAAGGCAACAAAAGGGGAAGGAAUCGCGGGCCUUGGUACAGCCCCCUUUGCGUUCCUCUCACGUUGCGAUGGAUGUUUUUAGUUGCAGUUGAAUCCAGCGGUGCAGAUCCGGGCAGCCGGCGGGGCGGCUUCGAUCCUCCUUUUCAAGCCGCCUUUGAAAUCUCCAUGUUAUUAUUUAUGCUGACGAUGUGAUUGCCCUUGACUGCAGAUCCAAAGCUAAGUGGAGUUCCCUGGUACACUGAUAAUAAACCAUCCUGUGCAGGAAUGAGGUUCUAUCACACGUGCAAGCUACCUGGAAGAAUCAUGGGGAUCCGGCUCCUUCACUUCUCUUCUGUUGUGAUCCUUUUGUUGCUCCUGGUGGCAGGUGCAUUAACUGCUUUGCUGCCUAAUAUUAAGGAAGAUAAAAUGCUUACUUUGAGAAGAGAAAGGAAAUCCCAGAGCCAGUCUGCUUCGGAUUCCUUUACUCUCAUUAUGCAGACAUAUAACCGAACCGACUUGCUCUUGAAGCUACUGAAUCACUAUCAAGCCAUCCCUCAUUUGCAUAAAGUGAUUGUUGUAUGGAAUAACAUUGGGGAGAAAACACCCGAGGAAAUCUGGAACUCCCUGGGACCACAUCCUGUCCCGGUUAUCUUCAAAGUGCAAACAGUCAAUCGCAUGAGGAACAGGCUUCAAGUUUUCCCUGAGCUAGAAACAAAAGCUGUUCUGAUGAUGGAUGAUGAUACCCUGAUUAGUGCCUAUGACCUAGUUUUUGCUUUCUCCAUUUGGCAGCAAUUUUCAGAUCAGAUAGUGGGAUUUGUUCCUAGAAAGCACGUGCCUAGUCCUUCAGGGAUAUACAGCUAUGGAAGCUUUGAACUGCAAACUCCCACCAUUGGAAAUGGGGACCAAUAUUCUAUGGUUCUCAUAGGAGCAGCCUUCUUCAGCAGUGAAUACCUAGAACUAUUUCAAAAACUACCUGAAGCUGUGCGCAAUAUGAUAGAUGAGACUCAAAAUUGUGAUGAUAUUGCCAUGAAUUUCUUAGUGGCCAAACAUACCGGAAAACCUUCAGGGAUAUUCGUGAAGCCAGUAGACAUCAGGAAUUUAGAAAAAGAGAGUAACAGUGGCUAUUCUGGAAUGUGGCAUCGGGCUGAACACUUGCUCCAGAGGUCCUACUGCCUAAAUAAAUUGGUCAGUAUCUAUGGCAACAUGCCCUUAAAAUACUCUAACAUUAUGAUUUCUCAGUUUGGUUUCCCAAACUAUGCCAAUCACAAGACUAAAAUGUAAGAAGGUGCUGCAAGGAAAUGCUUCAACAUGCUUCCAAGCCAUUGAAAUGGUAACCUAAGUAGAGAAGUAAAUAUGUACGGCUGUACACUAUUUGGAGAUUGUUUCUGCAAAAGCUUUUUGGGGAUGUGAAGUCUGGUUGAAGUGUUGCAUCUCUGUGGCUCAGCAUGCAAAAAGCUUCUUCAGUUGGCUCUGUCAUUUAUCCCAGUUUCAGUCAAACCCAUCCACUUACUUGCAUGACGUUGGAGCAUCCCAGAAAUGCAGAAGCAUUUACCUGAUCAGUAUCUCCAAUACAUUGUCAGCAAAAGCUGUUCAGCCCACAAGAAUGUUUAGUACAGGCCUGUCCGCCCACAUUUAUUGAUGUUUGUUAUUUGUGGCCUAAAAUAAGAACAGGUUUUUGUAACAUUUUCCCCAGCAGUUUUGCUUACCAUGGAUAAACAGGCCGGCGAUUGUUUGCAAAUUUGCACAUAACAUUUAACAGUCAUUGCAGUAUCAGUCCUUUCACCCAUGGAAAUGCAGAAUCAAAAAUGUUCCAAGAAGAGUACUUUUCCAUUUCAGGUACAUUUAAAAUCAUUCUCCUUUGCUCUGAAUGCUGAUGAUGAUGAUGAUGAUGAUGAUGAUGAUGAUGAUGAUGAUUAGUAGGGCCAAAUAUUCAAGCAAGUGCACACAUAUGUUGGCUUGUGUUCAUGUGCGGAAUUUCUCACCCACCUUGUAAAUGUGUUUGCCAUCCACUUCGUUGACUCUGUUUAUCUUAGCAAUGGUCGUUUGCAUUAUGAGAGAGCUUCAUUACAUUUCUCAGGCCAAGGGCUACUGUCAAACGCUUGCAGAGUUUCCUGGUCCUGACAUAACUACGAAGCAAUUCCAAGCUUGUACAUCGUGUACUUUGACUUGCUGCUCUUUGGUCUGAAAUGUUCCUGAUCUCCAACAUGAGGGACCAGCUUCAUCCUCUGUCAAAAAAGCCUAUAAAGGCUGGCUCCUAAGGAUGGGUGUUCAUGGAGAUACAAAAGCAAGACUUUCUGAAGGCAAUGUGGCUGGGCAGACUUAGUAGAAGCAGUCAGGGCCAUUGGCUGCGUUCUGGGGGUCUGUCUUCUCCAUUGUCUGUUCUUCCUUCUGCUGGAGAGCCUGGAAUCCAGAUUGCCCAUAUAGUGCAUGUUCCAUGUAUGUACAGCCAUGGGUUUUUCUUAUCACAGUGGCAGCCUCUCCCUCUAUAUGUACAAGCCUCCACCAGAGAAGUUACUGGAUCCUGUCUCCGAAUCUAUUUUCCCACGGCCCAAUCUAUUCCCCAAAGGCCCAAGUGUCUGUCAAAAUGGAAAGGCUUUUUCCUAAGUUUAAUUGCCAUGCAGGAGGUGAUUUUUGAGGCGAAUCGCAGCCAAGAAAUGAAUAGCUCCCUUUGUUGCCCAGGAUUUGCCCUCCACAUGGCAGUCCUUCCCAGGACUGGGGAGGAAUGUCUCCCCAAUUCCUCCCUUAACCCUAAGCCAAUUAAGCCUGUGGGCUCAGGACUCUAAUCUUUGAAGUGCCUAGCAGUAUCCCUAAUCUCCACCAUGUUUAAACACAGCUUUGCUGUUCAGAGGGGACCUACUGGAACAAACCAUUUAAAUAGAAGCGUGCAAGGUGUGUGCUGUUCUUUACCUGAUCAGCACAAGCAAAGCAUGCUUAACUGUGGAGGAUUACGGAUUCCACCUGGGGUGCAUCAGCUACAGUAGUGAUGUGCAGCUCACCGUGUUUUGUCUUGGCACCUGUCCUGUACACCUGCAGGCCAUAGGGGCUCAUCAACCAUGCAGGCUACAAAAGGGGGACUUGUCUCUUCUAUCUGGCAGACUAUGGUCAUCCUGGAGCUCAACUCUGUUUCUUUGUCUGGUGUCACAAUGCGUGUGCAUUAUUUUGGCAUCCUAUAGAUAUCUGUCUGUAACUGGUGGCUGAUUACUGCCUUCAGAGAAAUAAAUAUUACUUUAUGCCUGGCUCUAGAAUCGGAGCUAAACUACCAUAUUAAGGUGCUGCAUUUCCUACUUACAUUCAUUCAGCUAAGCUUACUUUUAUAUCUUACGUUUUGUAUUUUAAUUCUUGCAUUCUGUUCAAGAAAUAAGCUAGAAAGACACUGUGAUGUUUAAAAUAUUUAUGUUGUAGAAUUCAGUGGCACCUGCUGGUAUGGCUGCCCUACAUCAGUUGUAUUUGGUUCAGAAUGUAUUUUACCUCCCAAAUCUGGUACAUUUUGCUUUUUUAUAUUAAUAUGCUGUUGGGGUUUUUGUUUUGUUUUCUUCAUCUUUACUUUCUAACAGAAUGCCUAAUAAAAAUGCAUAAAGAUGA